AAUGUUUUAGGAUACAAAAUAGCUUUGAUUAUAUCUCAGCAUUGAGCGCUCUAUGCAGAUUGUUUGUGCCAUCGUGUUGAAGCACAAGUCUUUUCGUGAGCCUCGUUUGCAUUUUUCUCAAUAUGGUAGGAAUUGCCAAAAUUGCCAAAAUCGAUGUAAAAGCAUGAUAAAAACAAAGAAAGAAUAAUGACGCUUUCUCCUCCAGAGCUCUCGACGUUGAUGAGCAUACUGACAGAAGAUGCAGCUGCAGGCUCUUCAUCAUUUGAAACAUUGGCCAAUGCUUUGCAUCAUCACUUUGGCUCAAAUGAUUACUUCAGAGUUGGAACAGCAAUCCUUGUGUGGCUCCAGAAUCCAGAUUUACUAUCUCACCAGUAUCAACAAAUAACAAUGCUGUUUCUGUUACAUGAAAUGUACAAAACACAGCCAUUUGCAAAGAACCCAUUUGCACAAAUAUUUAUAGAUGUUUUGAGUGACAGAAAUGCAAGUUCUGGACUACCAAGGCUGUCUCUUUCUGAAAAGUAUUUCAUCUUUCAGUUAGUUACCUCAACAGCAUUCACACGCGAGAUGCAAAAGAAGACACCAAAACAUAUUCUUUCCUUGGAUGCAAGCAAUGAGAAGCCCUAUGACACCAGUACUCUACAAUCUGCCAUUAAUGAAAAGAUGAAAAAUCUUUCAGAAGUUAGCAAAUCAGGAAUAAGUUGUGUGGUUUCAGAUCCUGAUCCUGACAAAAGUGGUACACUAGACCUGCGCAUUAUGAGAGAGGUCGUGGAACAACUUAUUUGUUCUUCAAAUCCACCUGCAGAAGAUACAUUUCAGCCUCCUUUUGUUCGAUUGGCUCCUCCAUUACACGAAAGUGAAAACGAGAUGAUUUGGUUGAAUCCGCCAGAAUCAAGUUACAAAGUUGAAUGGGAUCUGAUGAUGUGUGCUGAGAACACCAAAGAAGCAGAGUUGAGACAGCUAAUGUCAAAAGCAUUUAAGGGUCCGUUGACAUUAAUGCAACAACAGCAACUUUUAAGUGAACUUGAUAAAGAUCCAAAGCUAGUUUAUCACGUUGGACUCACACCAGUUAAGCUUCCUGAUCUUGUGGAAAAUAACCCUCUAGUUGCGAUUGAGGUAUUGUUGAAGAUGAUGCAGUCAACGCAAAUCACAGAAUAUUUCACAGUCCUGGUUAACAUGGGGAUGUCGUUGCAUUCCAUGGAGGUUGUCAAUAGACUGACAACAGCUGUGGAGCUUCCGCGCGAGUUCAUUCACCUUUACAUAUCAAACUGCAUUUCCAAAUGCGAGACGAUAAAAGACAAGUACACCCAGAGCAGACUUGUGCGACUGGUCUGUGUCUUUCUCCAGUCAUUAAUUCGCAAUAAGAUCAUCAACAUUCAGGACAUACUAAUCGAAGUUCAGACAUUUUGCCUUGAAUUCAGCAGCGUUCGAGAAGCAGUGGCUCUCUACAGAUUAUUACGCGCCGUUGAAGGCCAUGAUGUGGACAAGCCCGUGACGUCAAAAGCAUAGUUAUUAAACAAAGUAGUUCGUUAUAUUUCGCUGGGUCCAGUGAGGGCUACUUAUACCGGGUAAAGGUUACUUUUUAGAAGCAAAGAAAGUAAUGGUAGCUCUUUUCUCAGUAUCACCUUCAUUUUGGACGAUGAAAAAGAGAGGGACUGAAGGCCUCGUUUCGAUCAAUCGGAUUCACAAAGAGAUCCUUGCUGACAACUUUCAUCGUCCUUAUAGUCAUCAAUUUUUCAUUUCUCAUCGUGUUGCAUUUAGACUGCUUUUAAGGACUAAAAGUGAUCGAAUCUUGGAAUAAAUUCCCAUAAACAAAUCAUUAUAGCCAGUUGUUGUACGUAGCUUGAUGACAUUAUAAUAAUUUUGUUGGUAAAAGUGGCCAAUGAAAU